GCGCAGAGACGCCUGGAUCAAGGCACCACGGCGGGGGAGAGUGCAACCCCUGCGCCUGGUACUGGAAGCCCCAAGGCUGCUUGCGUGGAAAGGAAUGUGGAUACUGCCAUCUUUGUCCAGAAGGUGAAGUGAAGCUCAGGAAAAAGGCCAAGUUGGCUGCCAUGCGAG